UAGGAAGCAGUAAACUGGUUUAUCACUUGGCAUCUGCUCUCAGUAUUUACUCAGUGUUGUCAGUUUCAUCCGUUAAGCUGCUAUCAGAAACGCAAGAGCAAGCCAGAUGCUGUUUCAGAUUGUUGACAUUGUUAUUGGAAAAGAUGAGAAGGGCAGGAAGAUUCCAGAAUAUCUGAUCCAUUUUAAUGGUUGGAACAGAAGCUGGGACAGAUGGGCAGCCGAAGAUCAUGUUCUUCGUGACACUGAUGAAAAUCGUAGAUUACAGCGUAAAUUGGCAAGAAAAGCUGUGGCUCGCAUGAGAAGAAAGGGAAAGAAAGGGCGUUGCAGAUUGCCUGGUGUUGAUUCUGUAUUGAAGGUCCUUCCAACUGAAGAGAAUGAGAAGAGCAGUGAAAACUCUAUAAGUAGUUCUUCUUCUGAUGACAGUGAUGAAGGCACAGAUGAAGAAAUAAAGAGUGAAGAAAGUGAUAUUGAUGAGAAGAUCGAAAUGAAAGAAGAGCAAGAGACCCAUACUAAAAGGGACAUGGAAGAAAGAGCAAUAACUAUUGAAAUUCCUGAAAUCUUGAAAAAGAAGCUUGAGGAAGAUUGUUAUUAUAUUAACAGAAGAAAGCGGCUGGUAAAACUGCCGUGUCAGACAAAUAUAAUAACCAUCUUGGAAUCAUAUGUGAAGCAUUUUGCUAUUAAUGCAGCAUUUUCAGCAAAUGAAAGGUCACGGCACCACCAGAUGACUUCACACCCCAACAUGAAUCUCCACUAUGUCCCACCAGAAAAGAACGUUGAGUUAUGUAAAGAAAUGGUGGAUGGACUAAGAAUAACCUUUGACUUCACUCUUCCACUGAUUCUAUUAUAUCCCUAUGAACAAGCACAAUUUAAGAAGGUGACCUCCUCCAAAUUUUUUCUUCCCAUCAAAGAGAGUGUAGCAAAUUCUACCAGAAAUCAAGAAGAACUUUCCCCAAGUCCACCUCUUUUGAAUCCAUCAACUCCACAAUCCACAGAUAGUCAGCCCGUGACAGUAGAACCGGUGACACCUAAACGCCGGAAAACUGAACCCGAAAUACUACAAUCUCUAAGGCGUUCUACACGUCAUACGUCCAACUGUGACAGAUUGUCAGAAAGUAGUGCUUCUCCACAACCAAAACGGCGGAAUGUUGAGGCCCCUGCUUCAAUGCCAAAACUGUUUUUACAUCUUGAAAAGAAGACUCCUGUCCACAGUGGAUCGUCGUCACCCAUUACAUUGACUCCCAGCAAAGAGGGCAGUGCAGUGUUUGCUGGUUUUGAAGGCAGAAGAAACAAUGAAUUAAAUGAGGUGUUAUCGUGGAAGCUCAUGCCAGACAACUAUCCCCCAGCUGAUCAGCCACCACCCCCUUCUUAUAUUUAUGGAUCACAGCAUUUGCUACGCUUGUUUGUAAAGCUGCCAGAAAUACUUGGGAAGAUGAGCUUUUCAGACAAAAAUCUAAAGGGAUUAGUAAAGCACUUUGAGUUAUUCCUAAGGUUUUUAGCGGAAUACCAUGAUGACUUCUUCCCAGAAUCAGCUUAUGUAGCUGCCUGUGAAGCCUACUAUAGCACAAAGAAUCCACGUGCCAUCUACUGAAGUUAUUAAUAUGAAUAUAAUCAGCUGUACAUACUCCAUGACUGUUGCUUUACUGUCCUCUCCACUUCAAGAUAGAGAAACGGAAAUGUUUCAUUCUAAUGUCACAAAUGGAAUGUCACCAGUAUUGUCAUUCCUUUGACAAAAAGAGAGUUGCAUUUCAUUUCAGAGUAUGCUGACGUUGCGUUCUAGUGCUAGAUAACCUUCACUGCUACAUAAAUGAAGUUCUUGCACUGACUGCCAAUGCGUAAAACUGCAUACAAAUGAAAUAAGGAAAAAUAACAUGUGCAUUAGAAAUCGUCUUCAUGAGAACUGACCAUUUCGUGUCCAUUUUAACAUAAACUUGCUCCAUCUUGAACUUUUGAGACCAUCAUCUGCGUCGAAAGCAGGAGUUGGCAUUGUACACAUGUUCACAUUUGGAAUUUAUGCUUUAUUACAUGAAACUAUUAUAACAAAUUAAUUUUUAUGGAGGAAAGAAUAUGCAACUUGUGUAAGCAUGUUUUCUGUCUCAAGAUUUAUUAGGGUUGGUGUGUUGUGGAUGGGAGAACCCAUAAUCUUCCUCCACCCCAUAGAGUGUGUUUGCCUUGUCCCAUGAUAGGUGUGUCUGGCGGCACCUGAGUAGCUUUGAUUGAAUUAAUUCAUCCCAUACAUGGUUUCAUGGCUUUGGAGGUAUGUUUGGAAGCAGUGGUUAAGAACAGAAUGUACCUGUUGGCUUUGGGAAUGGAUAAUAUCAAAGCGAUGAUCACUUUGGCAAGCAUUCUGAAAAUGAAAAGUGGCUGCCAAGUGAACCUAUAAGAUACAGUUCUCAUUUCAUUCAUGUUUUAGUGAUAUAAAGGCUAUGUGGACAUAAAGAUCUGGACGUGCACUUGUCUGCAGCUUUGUUUUACUGCAUCUGUCUGUCUGUCAACUAGAUGCCACUCCAUGCAGCAGAAAGACAUGAUUUUGGUUAGAAUCUUAUGCCCGCAGCAGUUAAAAACACUUUGCUCCUUGAAAGGCAAAUCUCUACAAUCUGAGACAUGAGCAGAUUUGAUUCACUUACAGUUGAGUCUAAAGAGCCACACUAUCUUACACAGCUCAAUUUGAUAGUAGUGCUGCAUGACAGGCCACAAUUUUAGUGGAGCUCGUACUAAUCAGCUCAGCCUGUAUGUUAUCAAUAUAAGUUGUAGAUUGCAUGGGACAGACUAACUGGAAUAUGACUUGCAAUGCAUCUCUGUGUUUGAACCAGCAGUUAUUGUUUCAGGCACAAACAUGUAUAAAAGCAAAAUUUGCAACAUUUUACACAAGCAUUGGGAUAACUGAAUCAACCCCUAAGUUCUUCAAGUAUUUUAAGACUACAACUCCUGUAAUUACUCACCAUUAGCUGUUAUUUCUGGAGCUGAUAGGAACUAUUACCUAAACACCUGGGGAUGAGACCUCUAUGAAUGCUGGCAUCCUACUUUCUUAAUGUGGAAAUCCAAGGAAUGAGCACACACGAUAAUUAUUUAGAAACUCUUUAAAAAUGGCAUCCUGACUAGCUAGCCCCAUGGGCACACUUAUGGCAAACUCACUAAAGUUUGGCGACAGGCAGGAUCACACAAGUAAGACUAUAUUUAAACACCCAGUAUGCCUACAUGAGUGACUGCAGUUCUAUUGGUGGCCUUGCUACUGCAACAACAUUGCUCAGGCAAUCAGAAGAUAAUUGUUUUGAG